AUGUCUUUUAAAAAAUUAGGUAUGGUCCGAAUUAUAACGAGUCGUACACGUGCUGUUCUGAUGACAAGGAAUUGAACAGGAAAUGUUAAACGACCACCAACUCGUAAUUAGAAGAGCUCUAUCUGUUCUUAGGGAAAAAGAAGAAACGUUAUACCAAAUCAAUACAAGAUAGCAGUGACAGUGACUCAGACAGGUACUGCAACUGCAAGCUACUUUAAAGUGCAUAUGAUACGAAACUACAUGAGGUUUAUACUCUCUGAAACGAAAGAACUCAUAAAACUGUUGCGUAACUUCUCUUAUAGAUUUUUAUUUUAAUGUUUCAUUGUUGAGAUAUUUCAUUUUGAUGUUUGUGAUGUUACUCUGAGUGUGUAUCCACACCGGGCAGGCUUGAAAAAUAUGCCUAGCCACGAUGGGAAUCGAACCUACGACCUUUGGAAUGCUAGCCCAAUGCUCUGCCAACUGAGCUACGCGGUCAGGUCGGUUCGAGCUCGAACAUCUGUGUCAGCGGAGGUAGUGUUCGAACAUCUGUGUCAGCGGAGGUAGUAACAAAAACGCCAGAGAAAUGCAGAUGGAUAUCGAUUCAUCUACCUGAAAAAUACAAGUAAAACUUCGACGUUUCGAGUUAGUUCCUGUAGUUCCUUCCCAACCUCGUCAGUAACCGUGGACGCAAAAUGCCCUGGGUACGAGGUUGGUUCCUUCCCGGCGAAGUUAGUAGUAGCUUCCCGACAAAGGAUCUUCGCUCGAAACGUCGAAGUUUUACUUUGUAUUUUUUAAACAGUUGAAUCCAUCUGCAUUUCUAUAUAUUUUAGUGUGUUAUCAGGUCAUUUGCAGUGAUUAAAAAUACAAGAAUAAAAAUGUGAAACAGAAAUAUUGUUAUAACAAAAUGGUUUGUGAUGUGUAGUUCUAGAUCACGAUCUUUAAAGAAAGCUUUACAAGAAAGAAAUUUGCCCAGAAAAAGAAAAUCAUCAAUUACACCAGAAAGGAAAAGGUAUACAAGAUAGUGUAUAUCUCCCAAAUACUCGACGUUAAUAAUCCACAGUAUAGGCAGGCUUCUUGUAGAUGGAAUUUUUGAACGUAAAUUUAUUUACAUUUCAGACCCCAGGGCCUGUACAUAUAGCUACAUUUUUCGCAACUGCUCCUGGUUAGGUGUAAAAUACAUACCAAUAUACGUUGGGAAAUUCCAUCUCCACAAACCCACCUACCAUUGGUCCUACAUUAUUUUGCUUAUAACCCGCGUCAAUGGUAGAUCUACAGGGGCGUAGGAAGCAUCUAAAAGUUUGGGGGGCAGGCUUUGAGGGGCAAUUUUCGAAUGAAAAGGGCACCUAAAAUUUUUUUCCCGGAAAUGUUGGCGACGGGGAAGGAGGUCAUCUCAAAACAUUAUUCCGGAUAAAUAACAUGUUUUCCCGAAAAUGAAAAAACUUUCCGGGCACACCAAAAAAUUUUCCGGAGAAAUCAUAUUUUUUCCGAACAUAACAUAAUUUUCCCCGAAAAUAACAAAAUUUUUCAGGACAUACCAAAAUACAAAAACAAAUGCAAUCAUAAAUCAAAGGCCUUUGGGCAAAAAAUCCAAUCUGAACGACAUUCUGUUUCACGGAGGUAAUGGGCACUUUGCAGUUUGCUCCCGGAAAAAAGGGCACUUUUGAAAACUUGGGGGGGGGGGCUGGCCACCCCGGUUCCUACCCCGUUGUUAUACAUGCACUUCACCACUUGCUUCAUAUUUGAGAACUACUGUAUGUAGCAGACUGCUGCACGAUCACAUGCCGGAUUAAAUUGAAAGUUCCUUUUAACGUUUUCCAUGCAUAUGGCCGCAUUUGAUCAAUGUGUGUGUAAUUCUUUGGCUUGUUCAUCUGUGCAUUAUUUUUUAUUUUAAUAAUUUGCAAUGUUGUUUGUUGAUUUUAAUAAUUUGUAACCGAAAACCGCCUAGAUAUUUUUUCCGAAUAGCUUCAUCAGAGCAAAACACGCAUUUUUGGGCUGCUAUGUUUAAAACUUUGUUUUGUUAAUAUCUAGGAGAAGAAAGAGUUCAUCAAGUGAGGAAUCAUGUAAGAUUAUUUUGCAUCUUUGAAUCUAUGUGCAAUAAAUUUAACUUUGAAGUAAUAAAUAGAGUUCAUUUUUGUACUAUAUAUAUAGUACCACUGAUACUGAAUACCUGUACAUUUAAUUUUUCCUUAAGUUUACCAUAUUCUAUAUUUUAGCAUCUGAUUCUGACGAGAAAGAAAAGAAAAAAGAGAAAAGGAAACAUAAGAAACAUAAGACAGACAGGUAUAAGACAUAGCAAAACCAUAUACAAAAAUAUAACCAAAUCACACUCACUUGAGAUUCCACUGACUCCUCCCGACAUAAGAUUAGACGUUGUAUGUCCAAACCCUUAUUUGGAAAGCUUAACUAUGUCUAUGACCUACAGUAGCCUGCGUAUCAUGUAGACCUAACCCACCGUCCUCCAAACAUAACGCUUGCCACACGGUACCCGGACACUUUGCCGAAAGACAUUUUGCCGACGGUCAUUUUGCCGAACGGACGUUUUGCCGAACGGAUAUUUUGCUGAACGGACAUUUUGCCGAACGGACAGUUUGCCGAAAGGACAACUUGCCGAAAAUAAAGAUGUUAUUUCGUCAAAAUGUUUGGGACUGUGACUCAUUUCUCAACUGUGUAAUUCUCAAUCAUUUUGUAAAAUAACCAUUAUAUGGUCAUUAGCAGUGCAUAAUGGUCAUUAGCAGAGCAUGACGGUUGUUAGCAGUGCAUAACCAUAUUGACUAUUGGUAGCUUGUUUAUGCAGCGGAUGACUCAUUUGUUAGGAACGUGUCUUGACGUCAGAUCGUAAACAAACAAGCGUAUAUAAAGAUGACGUAAGCGAAUUUGACUUCGAGAAUCAUGGAAUACAUUCACUGCAGUUCUCGGGGAAAUCACAUUCAUGAAUGAUGUUGAAUGAUGUUAUUCUUUUUAUCGCGAAUUUUCGGUAAACUUGUCAAAAACGUGAAAGAAUAUAAAACGAAACUAUACCUCACUAUCAAAGUUUCUGUCAUCAAAAUCGACAAUUAAUGACUUUAAUCACAGAAACUUUGACCGUGUAAGCGAACAUUUAAAGUUCAGAAGAUAUCUCUAUUUUCGGCAAAAUGUCCGUUCGUCAAACUGUCCGUUCGGCAAAAUGUCCGUUCGGCAAAAUGUCCGUUCGGCAAAACGUCCGUUCGGCAAAAUGUCCGUCGGCAAAAUGUUCGGCCACCUUGCCACACAAGCUAAGCCUAUAGGAGACAUUUUUGUUGUUCAUUAGAUAAUUCGAUUGACUCUUUGGCAUGACAUCGUACUCUGUGACGACAGUUGGAUGGCAUUCAAAUUAGUUAAAUCAAACACUCACUGUAUAAUUUUUUCAAAAUGUGUUGGUCUCACUAGAAACAUUUUGACGAAGAUUGAAUCUCGUAUACUGUACGUUGAAAUUAAUUUUAUUCAUUAUUUUGUUUAAUUACUAGUAAGAAGAAGCGGAAACAUGAGAAGAAAAAGAAGAAACAUCGACACUGA